AUGGACACGGGAGUCCUAUUCUACGAGAUUGAUCCACCGUACAUCCACGAGGACCCGGUGCGUGGCGAGUAUUACAUCUACUGUGCGGUACCUCGUAUCCAUAAUUAUGUAGUUCGUGGUAGACCUUUCCAGUACCCUAUUAGGACAGCAUACUUUAAUCCUGAUGCACCCUAUGACUUUCCUUUAUCUUGGUUACACCCCGGCGGACCUGGGAUAUCUCAUCCUGAGGAGCAGAUGCCACCUCCACCUGACUAUCCUCCUCCACCUGAACCUCCUCUACCUGAUGAGCCUAUACCUGCCCAGCAUAUCCAUGAGGCACCUCCUGCACCUUUUGUCCUUGAUGAGUGGGGUGUUCCUGUGUUACCACCCGAGCUUGAUCCUUUACCUGAGCCGAUCGAGCCUCCUGUCCUUGAUGAGCAGCAGGGACAUGAGUAUGAUCAGAUCAUGGAGGCGCCACCUCCUUCUCCAGACUGUAUUUUGUUUGGUAGCUAUCCUUUUAUGGUUCCUGUGGCCAACAGUGGUUCCUCUGCUAUCACUCCAGCAGAAGAAGAGGACGAGGAAGAAGAAGAUCCAGAGGAAGAUCCUAACUUCAUAGUUAUCUCCUCUGACAGCGAUGACGAUGAGCCAGGCGAGGCGCCAGCAGGCGAGCAUCACCAUUCGCCCGGUGAUUUUCCGUGA